AUGGGAGAGUGCCAGAGUGGAGAGAUGAAGAGACGGGUCUUAGUGGAGACUCUGCUGAGUGAUCCCCCCCAGUCCCAGACGGCUCCUCUGCGCCGCUCUCUUGAGGUGUCUCGGCAGCAGCUGUCUCUCGCCCACACACAGUCGGCAUGUGCGUCGGUGUGGCGUGGCGUGGCGUGGCGUGGUGUGGCGUCGGCGUUCCCACGUGGAGGCGUCCGUGUGCUUGACUCACGCUGGGCCCCGGAGAACCGUGACUUCAGCAUCCAGGUGACCACGGAGCGUCGGGCCUACACGGCGGGCGAGCCGCUGGAGCUACGCUGCACCAUCGAGGCGCAGAAGGUUCCGGAGCGGUUCUUCUCGGUGUCGUGGGUCUUCAGCAGCUCGCCCGUAGCCGUGGUGGGCCCUGACGCCGUGCCCAACCUGGGGGCGGGCUACCUGGAGCGCGAGGCGGCCGGACUGCUGACCGUGCGCAAGGAGAGCUCCAGCGUCCACCUGCUCCGGCUGCAGCGGCUACUUCCCGACGACGCCGGCAAGUACAUCUGCCGUGUGACCGAGCGCGAGAAGACACUCACCGGAGACUUCAUCGACCGCAGCAAACGCUCACGCAACGUGCAGAUCACCGUCAGCCCACUCAAGAGCAACGUCACUGUGUCCCUCUCCAGUAACUCCUCCUUCGACGAGGGCGACCCAGUCAUCCUCACCUGCUCUGUGCAGAACGUGUGGGGCAGCCUCUCCGUGUCCUGGCAGUGGACACCCCCCUCCUCGGGCGAGGAGGCGCCGCCGGGUCCAGAGCCCGUGGAGCUGGCCAGCGUGGCGCGCGACGGUACGGUGCGGCUGGGCCCCACGUACCUGGAACGCGGCAGCUAUGGCGAAGUGCGGGCCACGCGCGAACGCGCCGACACAUACACGCUGUCGCUCUACAACGCCUAUCCGACCGACGCCGGACAGUACCGCUGCAUUGUCACCGAGUGGAUACGCACGGGGCCCGAGCCCAACAGCACCUGGCAACACCUGGGAGAGCAGUCGGCUGCUAAAGACAUCAGCGUGAAAAGUGUCGAAUCCUCCUUCUUCGUGUCGGCGUCCUCCGCGGACGCCCAGCGUGACCUUCGGCGACUCCUUCGACCUGCAGUGCAUCGUCAAGCCGCGCCACAACCCCAGCGUGCCGGCCACCGUCACCUGGCGCUUCCGCCCGGCCGAGUCGCGCGGCCCCCCCCCGCGACCUGGUGACCUUCACACGGACCGGGACCCUCCGCUGGGGCGAGCAGCCGCCGGGCCUGGGCACGCGCACAACCGUGGACCGCUCGGACACCAACACCAACUUCCGCCUCAGCGUGACGCGGGGCCGGACGCCACGA